UAGUUCGAUAGGGUCUGGGAACGGUCGCCAAAAUUACAAGGCCUGGAAAUAAAUCCAGCCCAGAAAUAGACCUGGCUGUCUGCGGGAUUUAGUGAAAGAAGAUUGAAGUUAUUUCCAACAGAAACUAGACCGAGUUUUAUUUUUGUUUUUGUAGACGUUUGGCGACGUGAUUUUUGUCGAUUUCCGUCAUCUCGACGUGAAAAUAUGGGUCGCUUGUGGAGAUUGGCUGUGCUGGGCCUUGCCUUCGUAAUGCUCGAUGAAUUAGGAUACGGAAAAUGCAAUGCUGCCUUAGACAGAGACACUUAUGCAGAAGUCGUUUGUGGGAUAACAGAUAAAGGGAUUGUUUGGAGGAGCUUCCAUAGUUGUGCGGCAGCAGGCAUGGGCGUGCCUACAGUUAGCACAUUUUUUAGAAAUGGUUGCAAGGAUUUGGUGAUAAAGUCCCUACCAGACGUAGCUAAAGCUAAACACCUAGCGUGUAAAAUCCUGGAGAAAAUGGCCAACGAGUGUGUCAGUCUUUACGGGGCAAACGUCUCGGAUUGGCGGGUUGAAACCGGAUGCACUCUGACCACGCCCCCUUUAACCACGCCCAAGACAGCCACACCCACGCCUAUUAGUACUACCAUAAAAGCUUUGUCUACCGCUAAACCAAGUGAAUGUGGCAAGGAUGUCAAAGCGGACGUUCUGUUCGUCAUUGAUGAAUCGAGAAGCGUAGGGCCUAUCAAUUUUGAAAAAGUGAAGAAGUUUUUAGCAGAUUUGGUUCUUCAGUUACCCGUGGCGCAAGACAAGAUCAGGGUUGGAGUUCUCAGUUUUACCCAAAUUGUACACCCGCGUAUUUCCUUGAACGAAUUCGACAAACCACGUGACGUUGCAGACGCCAUUUUGAACAUGAGUUAUCAUGGCCGCCGGACAAACAUUGCGGCGGCUUUGUGGUAUGCUCAACAGACCUCUUUUUCCAAAGCUUCAGGGGACAGAAGCACAGCGCCUAAUUUGUUGUUCCUGUUUACCGAUGGGAGGUCGAGACAGCGCCAAAUAUCUGCGGCAGCAAAUGCCACCAAAGCUGGAAUAGAGAUAUUUACUAUAGGCAUUGGAAGUAACGUGUCGAUUCCGCAAAUUACACAGCUUGCUAGCGAACCAAAGAUCGACCACGUGUUUACAGUGGCGGGAUUUGACGCUCUGGCGACAAUUAAGAGCACACUGGGAGCAAAGUUUUGCGCUGUUAAAGCGAAAAAAUGUGACUCCGACAAAGAAUAUCAGACUAACGUCACUGAGUGUCAACCCACGUGUCCGGGAGCCCCUCAGAACUGCGGCGACCCGACUAAGAUGGUGCCAGAAUCUUGUGUGUGUAAACCGGGCACAAUUCUGGACGGCACUGAUUGCAUUAAGCCAGCUAGCUGUGUGCCUAAAUGCUGGGAUAACGGGAAUGCGUAUCAGGUUGGGGACCAGCUUUUAAUCGACAACUGCAAGACAGAGAUAACCUGCAAUCUGGUCAACGGGAAGGCUUCUCUCUCCAAGAAAGCCGUGUCUUGCUCACCACCGCCAUCUGCCGAGUGUAAGACCGCCAAUGGGACCAGACAGUGUGUGUGCUUGCCAGGUUAUACCGGCGAUGGAUACACCUGUUUACUUGUGUGA